AUGUCCAACUCGAUGACUUGUUCACGGUGCGAAGAAGGCUUCGAAGAGCGGGAAAAGAUUGUCAAUGCAGGCGGCGAAGUCUGGCACCAGCACUGCUUUGUCUGCGCCCAGUGCUUCCGUCCAUUCACCAAGGAUGCCAUCUUCUACGAGUUUGAGGGCCGCAAGUACUGCGAACAUGACUUUCAUGUCCUUUUUGCGCCCUGCUGCGUCAAAUGCAGUGAGUUCAUCAUUGGGCGUGUCAUCAAGGCGAUGAACUCCAACUGGCACCCGGGCUGUUUCAAGUGCGAGCUGUGCCAAGACGUGCUCACCGACAAGGGCUUCUUCAAGAACGCCGGUCGGGCCCUGUGCAAUUCGUGCAAUGAGAAGGAGAAGGCAGCGGCAGUGGGCAAGUACAUCUGCUUCAAAUGCCGUGCCGUCAUCGACGAUGGCUCACCGCUCAAGUUUAAGGGCGAGGCCUACCACCCGUAUCACUUCAACUGCAAGACGUGCGGCGUCGAGUUGACGUCCAGCGCUCGCGAGAUCAAGGGCGAGCUGUACUGCCUGCGCUGCCACGACAAAAUGGGCAUCCCCAUCUGUGGCGCCUGCCGAAGACCAAUCGAGGAGCGAGUGGUCACUGCGCUGGGCAAGCAGUGGCAUGUGGAGCACUUUGUGUGCGCCAAGUGCGAGAAGCCCUUCUUCGGCCACAAGCACUACGAAAAGAAGGGUCUGGCGUACUGCGAGACGCACUACCACCAGCUGUUUGGCAAUGUGUGCUUCGUCUGCAACAAAGUCAUCAUCGGCGACACGAUCACCGCCCUGAACAAGGCCUGGUGCCCAGAUCACUUUGCCUGCUCCUUCUGCGACAGUAAGCUGACGGAGAAGUCAAAGUUCUACGAUGUCGACAUGAGACCGUGCUGUAAGAAGUGCUACGAAAAGUUUCCCGUAGAGUUCAAGAAGCGCCUCAAAAAGAAGUACACUGAGCAUUUAAUUUCGACCAAAUCGAUUUUCUAA